CUGCCAUUUUUCUUCCUGUUUCCAAUUUUCAUUCUCUAUCUCCGAUCAAAAUCAGCCAAAUUCGAUCGGAGAAAUCCCAGAAUGGAACCAGAUCUUCAUGACCAACAACAACAACAACGACUCCACAGCGUAGUCAUAAUCACUCUCCCACCAUCCGAUGAUCCUUCACAAGGCAAAACAAUCUCUGCUUUCACUCUCAAUGACCACGAUUACCCACUAGAAAUCCCACCGGAGGAUAACCCAAACCCGAGUUUUCAACCCGACCCACUUCACCAAAACCCGCAAUCUCGCCUCUUGUUCUCGGAUCUCUCAAUGGGUUCUCCGAGAUUAGUUCUGGGUCUUCUCGGAAUCUCUCUUCUCGCGGUUGCUUUCUACGCCUCUGUUUUCCCUAACUCUGUUCAAAUGUUUAGGGUUUCUGAUGAGAGGAACCGUGAUGACGAUAGUUCCCGUGAAACGACGUCGUUUGUUUUCCCUGUGUAUCACAAAUUGAGAGCUCGAGAGUUCCAUGAACGGAUCUUAGCGGAAGAUUUAGGUUUAGAGAAUGGAAACUUUGUGGAUUCAAUGGAUUUAGAGUUGGUCAACCCUGUAAAAGUCAACAAUGUUAUAUCUACAAGUGCUGGUUCUAUUGACUCCUCCACUACGAUUUUUCCCAUCGGUGGUAAUGUGUAUCCUGAUGGGCUGUAUUAUACACGGAUUCUUGUUGGAAAGCCUGAAGAUGGACAAUACUAUCAUCUUGAUAUUGAUACUGGAAGUGACUUGACUUGGAUCCAAUGUGACGCUCCUUGUACUAGUUGUGCUAAGGGAGCAAAUCAACUAUAUAAGCCUAGAAAAGAUAACUUGGUGAGAUCUUCAGAGCCCUUUUGUGUAGAAGUCCAAAGGAAUCAACUGACAGAACCUUGUGAGAGUUGUCAAUGUGACUACGAGAUUGAAUAUGCUGAUCAUAGCUACUCCAUGGGAGUUCUCACCAAAGAUAAGUUUCAUCUCAAACUCCACAACGGAUCACUAGCCGAUUCAGAUAUAGUUUUCGGGUGCGGAUAUGAUCAGCAAGGACUACUGUUGAACACUCUGCUAAAGACAGACGGGAUUCUCGGUCUAAGCAGAGCUAAAAUUAGCUUACCUUCUCAACUUGCAAGCCGAGGUAUUAUCAGCAAUGUGGUUGGACAUUGCAUAGCCUCUGAUUUAAACGGUGAAGGAUAUAUCUUCAUGGGAAGUGAUUUGGUUCCAUCACACGGAAUGACAUGGGUUCCUAUGCUUCACCAUCCCCACUUGGAAGUUUAUCAGAUGCAAGUUACAAAGAUGAGCUAUGGGAAUGCUAUGCUUAGCUUAGAUGGCGAACACGGAAGAGUAGGGAAAGUCUUAUUUGACACAGGAAGUUCCUAUACAUACUUCCCUAACCAGGCUUACUCUCAAUUGGUCACAUCACUUCAAGAAGUUUCUGAUUUAGAAUUAACACGCGAUGAUUCAGACGAAACAUUGCCUAUCUGCUGGCGAGCUAAAACUAACUUCCCGAUUAGUUCCUUAUUGGAUGUUAAGAAGUUCUUUAGACCAAUAACUCUGCAAAUAGGGAGCAAAUGGUUGAUCAUAUCAAGAAAACUUUUGAUUCAACCCGAGGAUUACUUGAUCAUCAGCAACAAAGGAAAUGUGUGUCUUGGGAUAUUAGAUGGAAGCAGUGUUCAUGAUGGUUCCACCAUUAUUCUUGGAGAUAUAUCGAUGCGUGGACACUUGAUCGUGUACGACAAUGUGAAACGGAGAAUUGGAUGGAUGAAAUCAGAUUGCGUCCGGCCUCGUGAGUUUGAUCACAAUGUACCUUUCUUUCAAGGCUGAAGGAUCCAUAAGUACAUAUUUUGUAAGUAUAAAACCUGACACAUACA